UCGCUGCCACAGUUUUGGAAGCCAGAGGCACCGCUAAAUUCCCCCAAUCCAGCGCAGGCUAUGUCCAUCUCGACCCAAAUCCACCGCAGGUCCCCCCAAAAACACAAGGUCCAUCGCCACGCCAAACCCAAUUCAUGGCGGAAAUUGAAGGGCGCGGGCUGCCAGAGUUCGGUGGUGCUGGUGGUGAUGGAGGAGCACGCGCGCGGCGACAGAGCACCACAAGAGGGGCGAAGGAUCGGGGUGAAGGUCGCUAGCGACACUACGAGUUCCGGCAAGCGAGGAGGCUGUUCGCUGGUCAAAAUCACGAGCUCACAGGACGUGGGUGCUGGCGGCGGUUCUAUGACGGAGGUGCGAGAUGAUGCGAUGGAGUGCGCGCGGGGGCGUAGUAGGGUGCGCCCUGUCGCGGUGAUGCUGCGUUUCCGGCGAGUAAGGAGGGGACUCGCUGCAGAAAUCCUGAGGAAGGAGUUACAGCAGAUGGAACCACGGGUGGGGUAGCAGAACCCGAAUGGAACCACAGGUGGAACGCACGGGGCAUGAUCGCAGCUAUCACUUUUCCACUUUUGCAUGGGGACCAAAACUUUCCUAAUAGGCCAGGUUGCCAGGAAUCUCUACGGGGCACUCGAUUGCCAGCUAGACGCGUCCUUUAUUUAUUCUUGCUUAUUUUCCACUGAUGAAACCGAAUGUCUUUUACCUACUUAAUGUAGAUCAGGAAACCAAGCGUUU